CAGAAAUGAGCGACUUAGUGCUCAGCCAAUUAGAGAAGGAGUACUACACAGAGAUUUAUGAUUUAUUAAGCAUCAAAGAUGAGGAGAUUGCACCUGAAGAAGUCAGGAUCCUCACUCCAACUACUUACAUCGAAGUCUUCAAGAAAUGCAAGCUUAAUGUGGUUCAGAUCAAGCGUAUUUGGGGUCUCUGAUCCGUUGAAAACAAGUAUAUGCUCCGGGAAGGAUUCAACCAGGCUCUGAAAUGAGUCGCUAUGAUUCAAAACUCAAUAGAUCUCGAUGAAAAAGAUGAUAAGUUCAAGACAGUUUUGGAACUUCCUAUAUUUGAUCACGAAGGAAUUCAGGAAAUCUAUAAUAAAGUUGAGAAAAAGAGACUUAAGCAGCUAGAAUCACUCCAGGAUUUAUUUAAUAAACGCAAGGAGAUGCUUGAGAGAAGGAAUGAAAGGGAUAAUAUGUCUCAUCAUUCCAGGAAGAAAAAGUUUGGAUCUUCUUCCCAGGAAGAGGUUGACCCUCCUUCUGAGAAUAUUCAGGUUGAAAUUACUGAGCUAAAGUAUAUUGAAGAUGAAUUAAGCGAUAUGACUAAUUAUUUCCAAUACAAGAUAGAGACUGAAGCUAAAAAUAUCCCAAAGUAUCAGACAGGGAAGAAGUAUGUGGUGUAUCGUAAAUUUUAUGAGUUUGAGCUUUUCCAGAGCUGUUUUACCAAAUCUACUUAAAAGCAUCAA